AUAUUCAAGCAUUAGUACCUGCGUCAAGUAAAAAAAUAAAAGACUUAAAAAGCUAACAUGCCGAGUAACCGUUCAAGUAAGUUGAAGUAACAAGCUAAGCAAGAACGAUCCCAAUUACGUCAAAGAAGCGUCGCUGUUGCCAUUUCAACACCCCAUUCAGCUUCUUGAUGUUCUCCAGAUUAUUAGUAAUUUAUACGAUAUUCCUGCCUAUUAUCAAGCCGUGGCUUUCCUUGACCAUAUUAACUUACGUCACAGAAGAUUUAUCGAAAUUACCUGGCGUUGCUGAGUGUUGAUAACACGGCCCAGAGAUCCUCACGGGAAGGAAGCAGCUACCCCUACCUAGUUUUAGCUCCACUUCAUUAUACAAAUAGAUGCUCAAUGGCUUCCAACGGGUAUGGUGUCGUGCCAAACAAUCCCGAUGAAGAGCAACAGCCUUUGCUCGGCACUAGCGGCGGUGGCAGCAGCGGCUGUGGCCAGACACGCGUAUUGGCAAGAUGGAAGCAAAGGAUGAUGACGGACGUGCGUCGCGACUGGGCUGAUCUGGUUCUCCUCGCCUGUUACAUCAUCACGGGCCUCCUUGACAGCGCUUCCAUAUCCACGUGGGGCUCGUUCGUCUCGAUGCAAACAGGAAACACGGUAUACUUCGGCCUUGGCCUCGCCGCCCCCCACGAAUCCACGCGGUGGAUCAAAUCCGGGACAUCGCUCGGUUGCUUCUGCAUCGGCUCCGUCUUCUUCAGCGCCCUGCACCGGAAGCCCUCGCCCUCGCCCAAGCGGCGCUGGGUUCUCUGCGCCUCCUUCGUGCUGCAGAUGGUGCUCAUCGCCGGCGCCGCAGCCGUGCUGACCUUCGGCCCGCAGUCGUCCGCCGUGGACCGGAAAGAGUCGAUCGACUGGCCCGUCCUCGUCCCCAUCGCCCUCGUCGCCUUCCAGAGCUGCGGGCAGGCCGUCGCCAGCCGCGCCCUCAAGUACAACGCCCUCACCAGCGUCGUGCUCACCAGCAACUACUGCGACCUCUUCUCCGACGCCGAGAUCCUGGCCCCGCACAACCCCGAGCGCAAUCGCCGCGUGGCCGCCCCCAUCUUGCUCUUGAUCGGUGCUGUCCUCGGCGGUGUCUUGGCCAGGAGUCCGGUCGGCGCUGCUGGUGUGCUGUGGAUAGCUGCUGCUAUGAAGCUGGUGGUGGUUAUCUCGUGGUUGCUCUGGCCGGCUGAGAAGGCGUAGUGGUUGUAGCAUUCGCCCAUGUUCCAUUUCGUGCAUAUUCAGUACCUACAAGGAUUACAGGUGUGUUUGUUUUAAAUACCGGUACCAGAAUCUAUCCAGUCAGUUCAGUAUGUACAACAUCUUGUAAUGCAAUACUACCUACCUAUUAAUUAGGCACUUACCACGUA